AUGAAUCGCAGUCUCCCUAAUAUAGCAAACAGAUUCUAUUCAUCUAAAAAAGAUGAAAAAUCCCAAUCAAUUUUAACUGAUGACAUUUUAGCAAAAGCUGGAUUUGACGAGCCAUUAGAAAAAGAAAAGCAAAAGGAAAGCAAGAGAAACAGUGAAUCCGAACAAGGACAAGAACCAGAAAAUGAACCAGAAAAUGAAGGAGAAGGAGAAGGGAAAACCAGGCGUAGAAGAAAGAGAAAUACCCAAACCAAGAAAGAUUUACAACGUGAGAAAUAUGCCAAUUGGUUUUAUAUUUCAAGUUUUGGUUUUGGUGUGUUAGGAUUAGGAUACAUGUCUCGUGAAUGGGAUUCAGAAGAAGAACAAAAAAGACUUGAAGCCAAAGAUAUUCCAAAUGGAUUUAAUCCAAAAGACAUGUAUGGAAGAAUGAAUAAGAGAUUAGGAUCGUUAUUUACAUUUUUCUCUGAGCCAGCUUUUGAACAGUUAUUACCACCUCCACCACCAGAAUUAUAUCGUAGACCAUUAACGUUAGUUUUAACUCUUGAUGAUUUAUUGAUUCAUUCUGAAUGGGAUACCAAACAUGGCUGGAGAACUGCUAAAAGACCCGGAUUGGAUUAUUUCUUAGGAUAUUUAUCACAAUAUUAUGAAAUUGUUAUAUUUGGAUCAAAUUCCUCAAUGUUUAGUGAAAAGGCAGUUCAAAAAUUGGAUCCAUUACAUUUAUCGAUUCAAUAUGCUUUAUUUAGAGAAGCAUGUCGUUAUAAGGAUGGUAAAUUGAUUAAAGAUUUGAGUUUAUUAAAUCGUGAUUUAGGUAAAGUACUUAUGAUUGAUGUUAAUGAAGAACAUUGUUCAGCACAACCAGAAAAUUCUCUUAUAUUGAAACCAUGGGAUGGUAAAGCAGAUGAUGAUUUAGUAAGAUUAAUACCAUUUUUGGAAUAUCUUGCUAAUCAACCUCUGAAAGAUAUUAGACCAAUUAUGAGUACUUUUGAUAAAUCAAAUAUUAUUGAAGAAUUUGAUAAAAGAGAAAAACUUUUAAGAGAAAAAUGGUAUGAAGAAAAUAAACAUAAAAUGCAAGGGUCUAAUUUAAUUGGUAAAGUUUUCUCUACUUUAAUGGGUGUCGAAUCAAUUAGUGCUACCGGUAAUACUGGUCCAAAAAUGCCAUUAGAUAUCAUGAGAGAACACGGUCAAAGAGGUUAUGAAAACAUGCAAAAUUGGGUUAAAGCCAAUUCCAAGCAACUUUUAGAAGAAGAACAAAAAUUGAAGGAACAUUUUGGUAAAGUUUCUUUAAAUCAAGUUCUUGAAGGUAAAGCUCAACCAUCUCCUGAAGAUAUUGCUAAAGCUCAAGAAGCAAUGAAAAAGGAACAAAACUAA